AUGGUUACCGACCCAGAACCCAAGAAUUCCUGGAUCCUUCCUCGACUUGACUUUCGCGUAGACGAUCUAGGUCAUCAGGGUGCGGAACUUUUUUUCCGUCAAAUUUCGAACCCAUACGAUGCAAUGAAGAGCGCCGUGGAAGCUAGCUGGAAAUGGCUUUACGGCUGGAACGAGGGUAUUGUACUCGAUAAUGACAGGAAUAACCAUAAACAAGUGAUAAAGCCUCCUUUAGCUGUUCAGCGCGUCAAACGCAUCACACUUACUCUUCGGCCUAUGGACGGUGUUGCCUAUACAUUUGGAUCCGAUGAUGGAUCCGAGAAGGAGGUUCAUUUCUCUCUCAAACAUAUCGUCAAUUCUUACAAAGGCGAUACGGACGAUAAGAAGAAUGCCAGGGUACGGGAAGAGAUCCUCGGCGUGCUCACGCACGAGAUCGUCCAUUGCUACCAGUAUAAUGGUCAGGGAACAGCUCCCGGUGGGCUGAUUGAGGGUAUCGCCGAUUGCGUACGUUUGCACGCAAAACUUUCGCCUCCUCACUGGAAACGGAUUGCGCCGAAAGGAAAACACGUACCAGAGCCAAAUGGUAAAUGGACAUGGGAUUGGAAUUGGGAUGCUGGCUAUGAGAGAACUGCGUAUUUUCUUGAUUGGAUUGACACUACAUCGGAAACAUGGUCCCAUCCACAUAUCCUUCGGGAUUCUGAACCUUCAAAUGCGAUUUCUUUCACAAAGUCGGCACCUUCCUCAUCUACAUCAUCCGUGCCCGUGCCACAUCAAAUAUCGCCUUCGAUCUCAGACCCUUCACCACCCCUCGGGAGAGGCUUGUUUUUCCGUGUUCUUAACGCUCGACUAGAAGAAUACAAGUGGGAUCCCGAAGAGGAUCUGUUCCUCCAGCUCACAAAUUGGCCUCGAGAAACGUUGUGGGAAGCCUACUGUUUAGAUAAUGGACCAGGCUAA